CAGGUGUGCACAUAACUAAAUGUGGAGGGAAAAAAUGUACAGAUACCAUCACGCUUAUCAUCUUCAGAUGAGAACACGAUUUUUCCCGACGUCAUCAUGAAGGCCUUCAUCAUCGAGUACUUGCAUGAUGUCACCUUUUCAAAAAAAAAUGGAUGAGUCAUUGGCAACUGUCAGGAUUGGACCGUUGUGGUCCGUGAUGUCACACGGCUGCUUUCUUUCAAAGGUGCUUCAAAAACACCUUUUUUUAUUUUGGUUUGCUCACAACACACCCCUAUUUCAAGAUUGGAGGAUGAAACACGUCUCUGAUAACCGAGAUAAAAUUGGCAAAAUGGCGCAAAAAACCAAAUACCACAUCAGCAAGACGACUUGCAAACCAAAACAAAAUUUUAAUUCAAAGAUGGGGGAACCGGAAAACUUUGAUCGGUACCUUGAACAAAAGAAGGUCCAACGCGACGAAGCCAUGGCGGUCAAGCGGGCGGAUAAUUUGCGGCUGAUGGAGGCCAUCGCAGCCCAGGAGCAAAGGGUGAAAGGUCUCGAGCUGGUCCUUGAGAGACAGAAACUCAUCAAUGAAAACUUCCGGGAGAUGGCGGACAAGAAAUUGGCCGAGGAGGGAGUCCGUUUUGAAAAAAUGAACAGGUACAAACUCAUCAAAAAUGCGGAAAUCAACAAAAUCAAAGAGCAAAUCUGGGAAAUGAAAAAGGAAAUCCCCGAGAUCGAGGACACGCUGAGCAAAUACCAGCGCUACAAACGCAGCAUUUUCAAACUGGCUGCCUCGGACGAGCAAAACAAUCAUCUCGUUCUACCGGAUCACGAACAGGUGCUGGAACGGAUGGAAAACCUGAGGGAACAAAACCAGUUUUUGCUCCCUUACGCCGUGAAGAACAACUACGCGCUCCUCGGGCAGCAGCAAAAAUUUGAAAACACCAGGAAGAAGAACGAGCAGAACCUGGAGAACCUGCGCACGGAGAUCAGCAGCGUGAGGGCCAAAAUUGAGGAGGAGAUAAAUACGUCGUUAAAAAUCUCUCAGAUGGUGAAGCUCUACAAGGAGAAUCGCAACGCCGAGCUGGAGAAGGAGUUGGACUCGCUGACCGCCAAGGUGACCAAAGUGUAUCGCUCUUGUUCAUCUUCCAGCCAUUUCUUGAACCCGUUAAAGAAAAUGAAGCACGUGGAGGAGCAGGUGUUCAAGCUCAUGUCCAAAAUCGACUCCAUCCCGAAGGAGCUCCUGAAGAAAAUGCAAACCAACUUCUAUCGCAAGAGAGUGCAGGAAGAGGAACAGCGGAUUCAGAGGGAAAGGGAGGACAAAAGGUUACGCAGGUCCGAGCUGAGGUCCGAACAGAAAAGCAAGAUGAACCAAAAAGACGUCCGUCCCAAACGCGUCAUGAUCCGCUACAAAAUGGCCGUUCGCCCCAAGGCGGCCGGCAAGAAGGCCCAAGCCGCCGAGAAAAAAGCCAAAACCUUCGACGACGAGAUCUGGGAAGACGUGCUGCAAGCCGGCGACGGCGCGUGCGUCCUUCUGCCGCGGCUCAACGCCGACAAGGCCAAAACCACCAAGAAGGCCAAGGAGCAAAACGUCCCGGCUCCCGACGCCAAGCCGCCGCGCAAAAAGACCGUCAGGGCCGACCUCGAGCCGGCGCUCUUGCCGCCCAUUCCGGCAAAGGAGAAACCUGCGGAGGAACUCGUGCCGCCGCCCUUCCCCAUCACGCCGCCCGACUUCACCGACCCCCUCGGGCUCCUCCGUGCCGCCAAACGAGAUGCCCCCUCGUUCCGUUCUCAGGGCAUCAGCAAAUCUCUACUCCUCCAACUGGGACGGCAAAAAACGGGGCCAACAUGGACGUAAUCGAGACUCCUGCGAAAGGAGCCGAGUCGGAACGGCUCGUGGGGAAGCACUCGGGGCUUUUCUGGCCUGGCCCACGAGCCGUACAUUUUUAGCAGUCACCCUUUUCUAGGUCGGAUGGGUAAAGUAAGUCGGCGAUUAAGUUUUGGUUUUUUUCCGGACAAACGAACCCUCAGGCCUUGUGGAAUUCUGCUCGCCGUUCCGUUUGUUGGUGGCCAUUUUUGGCCGUACUGAUGUGACAUCGUCCAAGGGCGCCAAAGUCAUUUUUGGUCGCCGGCUACAUCAUAGUUGCGGUUUCCCUUCACAGGGACGCGAUGACAAUACAAACGCCUCAUCCAUCAUAAUACCCAUCCAUCUUCCGAUCCGCUUGUCCUCAUGAUGGUCGCG